AUGUUGACCCAUCUGCGACCGUCCACCGCCUCACCGCAGCGUCGGCAGGUCAAGUUUGCGGAAAUGCCCGAGGCUCAGAGUUUUGAGAGCUGUAAAUCGGAGUUCAAAGCUGAUUUUAUACCUAAAUUAAAGGGGGAUUCGAGGUUUGAGGCUCAGCGUGAUAGGGGUGGUGCUGAAGGUGCUACAGGGGAUACUCAAGGUUUUGGAGGUAAUACUCAACCUAGUAGGGCUGAUACCUUACGUGCAAGAAUUGAUGCUCUAAGAGACAAGGCCGGUACUCAUCGUGCUCGAUCUGGUACUCAACCUAACAAGCCUGAGAACCAACUUUUGAAAUCAACCACGCAAAAACCCUUCACAAGCUCACAGCCAACUUUAUUAAAGCAAUCAAGAUCAGAAUCCUCAUUCAAAGAGCCAAUGUCAACCUCAUUCUACAAAGAACCACCCUUCAACAAAAGCCCAAUCUCACCACAAUACAAACGACCUUCUUCCCCAUCAUCUUCUUCAUCGUCCUCAUCAACCUCGACGUUCAGCAAGUCAUUAUGCGCUAAAACUCAACCUCUACAACACAAUUCUUUGGCUUCAAGAAGACCACCAACAGCUCCAACGAAGCCCACGGCUCCAGUAACGAUCCGAAGUCUGAGUGCUUCAAGUCAAAGGGAUAGAAGGAUCCGCCCAACUCAAAAACCAAGGUUUUAUGGUCAGAUAAUGGCUUUGAAUGGUAUUACAAGGGUUUCUGUUGAGGAUACUGAACAUAACUUGGACUUCGGGGAAACUGAAGGUAGUGGAGAGGGUUUUUCUUUUCGGGUACAAAGUAAUUGUUAUAAAAACAGAGUGACGUUAAUUAUAAUCAGGUUAAGGUAUGCUUGAUUAACUUUUUGAUUAAACCAAAACAACAUGUCAAUUACUUGUUGGAAAUUUCGAAAAAACCGACCGAAAUUGCGUCGAAUCAAGUUUUUCAAACCUUUUUUGGUAAAGGUUUUAGUUUGGAUACUGUAACUUGAAGCUAUGAAUAAGGGUACUGUAACUUUGUUAAAGAGUAGUUAAUUUACUGUAGUUUUACAAAAAUGGUUUCUGGCUUAUAUAGUCAAGCAAAAAUUUUUUGGGCUAAAAAUAUCAUCCAGUUAUCUAAAAUAAUAUUUUUUCAUUUGAAAAGGCAAAGAAAAUUUUAUUUAUUUUUAAUUUUUUAAUUUCAGAUAUGUCACUACAUGCCCAAGAAUGCAUCUUACAAAUGACUACCUGUUGUGACAAACUGAUCCAAGCUAGCCAAAUGGUAAGGUUUUUAAAAUUUUUUAUAUCGUACUUGAUAGUCUGAGAAAUUUUGAAGUUUUUCAUGAUUUUUGGAUACUUUACCUAAAAAUUUGGGUUGAAAAACAUAUUAUACGAUUCUACAGAAUGUUUGCUAUCUAAUGAUAUAUAAUAUGACGUGUAGUAGAGGGCAGGAAGUUCAGGACGAUCAAAAGUUUGAGACCUAGGUACUAGAAUUGCUAUAGAUAAUAUAAUAUAAAAUUUGUGGUUUGAUGCCAUAUAUAAUAGUUAACUUAUGCUUUCCUUUUGCAGAUUGAAAAAGAUGGCUCAAUAACGGAUGUGGAACGUGAAAAGAUCUUGAGGCCCAUCUACAAGGCCAUAAAUCAGUUCAAAAACCGGCUGGAAACAGCACUGCCAGAGGGACGAACCUUCUCCGACAUGACGAACGUCACGAAUGCGGAGUCAGGAAGCUUUAAAGGAUCUGGGUAAGUUUAGAGAAGACAUUGAGCUACAUUUUGGUUGGUUUUAAGAUAGUAAAAAUUUGAUUGCCGGAAGGGAAAUGAUGAUUUUGGUGCAAAAAUUGGUGUUUUUCUUGAAAAAAAGAGUGUUUUUGAGUUGUUGAUUGCCAUUUUUGAGUGAUGCGUGGACAAUAUAAUAAUGAAAAUGACUUUCAGACGCCCAUCUAACAUAUCUAAUGGAUCAUCCCACCAAACCCAACAUACCAACCUGAACCAAUCAGCUCCGGUCGAAAUCAACGACGACUUUUUUAAAACGCACGGUGCCAAACUAAUGCAAUUUAUGCAGGAAAAGUACGCCGCUGGCAGUAAUUAG